AUGCUCGCCCCCAGCUCCGCUCCAAUGCCAGAGCAGGGCUGGCAAACCACAGGAGCAACGGGAAGCCUCCAGAGCCUGAAGAAAUUUAACAGCCAGGAUUUCAAAAAGCUGCGAGCCUUGUGCCUGAGCCAAGGGCUGCUCUUUGAGGAUGCCACCUUCCCUGCUUACAUCAGCUCCAUUGGUCCCAGCCUGCUCCCGGAGGAGAAGCUCUGGCAAAUACAAUGGAAAAGGCCAACGGAACUUCAGAGAAAUCCUUAUUUGAUCAUGGAUGGAGUUAGCAGAUUUGAUAUCAUGCAAGGAGAAAUAGGUGACUGCUGGAUGCUGGCUGCCCUGGGCUCCUUGACACUGCGAAAACAAUUUUUGGAAAAUGUUUUACCAAAGGACCAAGGAUUCCAGGACGAUUAUGCUGGGAUUUUUCAUUUCCGGUUCUGGCAAUAUGGAGAAUGGGUGGAUGUAGUGAUAGAUGACCGGCUGCCAAUCCUAAAUGGAAGAUACUUGUUUGUACACCCCCGAACUUCAAAUGAAUUCUGGCCAUCCUUGCUGGAAAAAGCAUAUGCCAAGUUGCGUGGCUCCUACCAGAGCCUGAAUGGAGGCUACCUUUCAGAUGCUUUAGUAGACCUCACAGGUGGAGUCCAAGUGCAGUUUUCACUGAAGGAUCCACCUCCUGAUCUGGAGGAGAUCCUGAAAGCAGCUGACAGGUCUCGAUGCCUCAUGGGGUGCAGCACCCAGGGCCAGUCAAGGAGGAACAUAGAGCUGAGGAAUGGGAUUGUACAGGGUCAUGCCUACACCAUCACAGGAGCUGUGAAGAUCCCCUACAAGAAUGGCUGGAAACAUAUCAUCAGGAUCUGGAACCCAUGGGGCCAUGGGGAGUGGAAGGGGCCCUGGAGUGAUGACUCUCGUCAAUGGGACCGUGUUGAGCCUCAAUACAGAGAAGCCCUUCUCAGAAAUAAGGAUGAUGGAGAAUUCUGGAUGUCCUCUGAGAACUUCCAGGAGCAGUUUUCAUGGCUGUAUAUAUGUAACAACACCCCAACAUUCCUGGACUUUGGAGAUGAACACUGCACAACGUGGUCUCUGACCAGCUACACCAACCUGUGGAGCCCAGGCCUUCCCACAAGGAGGAACCGCUAUUCCCCGGGUGCAGCUUCAACAAACCCUCAGUAUUUUUUCAAAGUUCUAGAUCACGACCCAAAUACCUAUAAUGUAGCAAUUUCACUCAUGCAAAAACACGCUGAGCAUAUGCAGGAUGAAAAAAACCUGAAGAUUGGCUUUUUCAUCACCACGGAGAAUUCCAGAGUUCUGAAGCAAAUCUUUAUCCGGACUCAAGAUGUGACCAGCUACUUUAACCUGAGUCCAGGAACCUAUGCUGUUAUUCCUGCUGCAACAGAGGACCAAGAAUUCAAAUUUCUCUUACGAAUUUUCAUAAAGAGUCAAGACUACAAUGAGACCUCAAACUCCCUGACCAGCCCAGUGGCGCCAAUGGAUGUACCGAGACAGAACCAGGACAGCUCCUAUAAGGCUCUUUUCCUAAGAUAUGCUAAGCAGGACUCAACUAUUGAUGCCUUGCAGCUGCAACAACUCCUUAAUGAAGUGAUCUCAAAAGAUGAAAUGACCAGCCUGGGAGGGAGAUUCAGCUUUGAUUCAUGCAGAGGCAUUUUAGCUCUGAUGGAUCUCAACUCGAAUGGAAGACUCACCCUGCAGGAGUUUGGGAGCCUCUGGCGAUGUCUCACAAAGUACAUGGGUAUCUUCAGCAAGGAAGACAGAAACUGUUCUGGAUUUCUUGAUGUUGCUGAGCUGAAGAAUGCAAUUCAGGCAGCAGGUCUGGCCACCGACACGCAGCUGCUGCGCCUGAUGUCGCUGCGCUACGGCGAUGCCGGUGGCAGGGUCGGAUUCUCCGACUUCGUGUGCUGCAUGCUGCGCCUUGACACCAUGACCCAUGCAUUCCAAAACUUAGCAGAGGGCAGGUCACAAAUUUUGAUGACAGCAAUGGAGUGGCUGACUCUUGUCAUGUACACCUAG